AUGACCAUGAUGAGAGCGAACCGAGCACUUCACAAUCAGGGUUGCCAAAUUCAGUCGAUUCGGAACAGAAUCAAACAGAACAUUUCCGUUAUCGAUCGAUUAAACCUCCCCAAGCAUCUCUACCGAGAUGCUAAAGAGUUCGCCGAAUACUGGGCAAUUUUUGAGACACUAGUUCACAAAACCAAGGAGCUAGAUGUUAUGGAGAAAAUCUUGCUACUUAAGGAAAACUUGAGAGUCAGAGCUCAGACUGCCAAAAAAGACAUAAAACUAAUUCCAGAAAACUACAACUGGAUCAUAAAAACAUUGCAGGAAACAUACUGCAAUAAAAGUAUAAACAGGUCUCAAAUAAUGCAAAAACUGGUUAAUAUGAGGCCAGCUAACAGCUCAGCAGAUAAUAGUUCAGUUGUUUUCGAUCAAAUUCACGUCUUGGUCAACCAAAUGAUAACAGCAGGUUAUGAUGUGCAAAAUACCUGUGACCCCAUAUGGUGCGAAGCCGUCAUAGCAAAGUUCCCAUCGGACAUCAUACAACCUGUUUUGAUAUCUGGUCAAGCAUUCGAGCAACAAACAAUCGAAGACCUUUUGGCGCAGAUAAAGAAAGAAGUUGCCGCAAAAAGUUAUAUCGAAAACAGAUUGGGUCGCUCAAUAAACAAUAAAGUGAGUACUCCAAAAGCAAAGUACAUCAGCCAGCAACCUCUAGCCAAUGAGUGGUGCUUGUUUUGCCACAAAGGUCAUCAUCCAAUGUUGUGCAGAACAGUGACUGAACAGAACAGUCGGCGCAAAAUAAUAGAAGAUGAUAACAGAUGCUAG